AUGGGUGUGCUCCUACUGGAAAAAGAAGGCGUAUGUGUUGGGUUCGUACCUACGGUACCAUGGGUGGCUCGUGGAGGACGUCACAAUUUUGUUGCGCUUUUCAUCGCUAACCUGUCUCCCUUACACCGCACAUCAUCCCUAUUCAUCAGGACUCAUUCCCCUAACAUCGUUCAACUACCGACCACGGAAGAUUUCUACACUGUCCUGGGGGUGACGUGUAAUGCUACGCCUGAGGCGAUCGUUCGAUCUUACAGGAAGCUGGCACUCAAGCUCCACCCAGAUCGCAAUCCCGGACCCCAUGCGACGCAAGCCUUCCAACUGCUGGGUCGAGCCUACGAGACGCUGAAAGACGAAGCCAAACGCCGAGCGUAUAAUAUACUCUACCCAGCCGUUCGAAACCAGUACGCGUCUACAGAAAGCAGGAGGGAAGCGCAGCCGUCAGCCGCGUCGAGUUCGCAAACACAAGAACUGAGUGAAGCCGCACAAGUAGCAGUGCUCAACAAGUCGAAUCAGGAGCGCACUGAGCUAUUGCAGACUAAGAAGAGAGAAUUGGACGCGACGAUCGCAGGAAUUGUAAUCCAAUUCAGGGAGGCAGAAGAAGACAUCAAUGCUGCCAUUCGCAGCGAUGAGCUUACGAUACGAGUUAUCAAGAACAAUAUUAGAGCCAGAGAAUUCCGGAUGAGACAAGAGAAGGCGAGGGUUGAGCGGGAACAAAGAGCCGAGUUCUUAAGGUGGCAGCAGGCGGAGCAAGAGAGGCGGGAUAGAGAGGCAAUGAAGGCUUGGGAGAAGGAUCAAGCAGCCAUACGGGUAGCCCGAAAGCAAAAAGACCGCGCAUGGCAAGCAAGCCUGGAGAAACAGAGGGUGGAGCAAGAGAUGAGAGCACGAAUCCUCAGAGAGCAACAGGAAGAGCAGCAGAGAAGAAGCAGACAAGCAGCUGAUGCAAGACUGGUAGCGGAAUACCAACGACAGGCGGUAGCACACGUAGCGCAAAGGCAGCGUCAAGAAGACUUCAACAGCCAACACCCAGGCAGCCGAACAUUCCAAAGCUUGUUCUGUUUGCAUGGAUGCUCGUUCCGCGAACUCCUCGGUUACGCAUACAACGACGCCGUAUCGCUACUAUCCGAAGACGAAAACUCCAAGCUCUGA